AUGGCGCACCUUCGUCCCUCCCUCGCGCACCGCGCCUUGGGUAUGCUGUUAGGGCUAAUGGCAUGGGGAGGGGUUGCCGCUCAGGAUCUGUCGAUCCCAACAGGCUGGAACGCGAAGUUCGAUGGCUCAGACACUCGUGCAGUCCGCGAGGCAUAUGCGAACGGUGCAGCGGCGGCACUUGUGGCGAACAUCACGUCGAGCGGCAGUCUUUACGAUCGCCAGGAUUCGCAGACGCUCUCAAGCAUGUACAAUGUGCUUGCGCUACAGGACAUAGCUAGCGGCAACUCGACGUGGAAGGACGCAGUUCUGAACAACAUGCAUACCUGGAUUAGUAACAUCGACAUCUACACCAACGGGACGAGUGGAGCACAGAGAACAAAUAGCAAUGGAAUGCUAUGGGCUCUUUCUUUCUACUAUGCGUACAAGGCAUACGGCGACUCUACGUUUCUGGAUCAGGCCAAGCAAGCCUUCGAUACCACUUCGCAAGACUAUAUCGACCAAGACAUCGCAUCGGGAUCCAGUAAUGGAGGGCGUAAUGCUUCGCUUGGAGCCUGUCGCAGUAACGCCGUGGGCGGCAUCUUCUGGCUACCAGACGACCCUUCUAACGUCUUGAUUCACACCUAUGCGGUCGGCCCAUAUGCUAUCCUCGCUGGUCUUCUCUACGAGGAAACCCAUAACAGCACGUACCGUGAUUUAGCUGCCCAGACAGUCACCUUCAUGGGUGGAUUGAAUUUUGAUUCUUCAAACGGCAUUGAGUACGACGUAUAUGACCUCGGUCAUUGUGGCGAUACCGGAGGAGUAGCACCUGGCCUUCAGGGUUGGUACAUCUACGCUCUGAGCAUCUACGCCAGCAUAGUCGAUGGUGAUAAUAGCUCGUACUUGUCCAAGCUUCGAACGGCGGUGUCCACUGCUGCCACUUUCAAGCAAUGGGUGGGAUCAAAUGGUGUUAUAUCAGACACAGAUACGAACAAGCAGAACGGUAACUUUGACGACAAAGCGUUCUUGGUUCGUGGGAUGAACGAGGUGCUUCGUCGGUUCCCCGAUCAGGAGGAUCUCGUGCAGUAUAUCCAAGGGUUCUUGACCGUGCAGUACAACGCUGCGACUCAGACAGCACGUAAGGGGAACUCUUACUCUGCCUCACUGGUCGAUGGUGCCCCUUCUACCUAUAGCGACGCGGGGAACCUCGUGGCCAUUGACAUCUUGAAUGCCGCAUUCCCCAUCAGUCCUUCUGAAUCCAAGAAGUCUACCCCCGUGGGCGCCAUCGUGGGCGGUGUCGUGGGCGGUGUCGCUGGCCUCGCACUUCUUGCGGGUGCAGUGUUCUGGUGGUGGCGCCGCAAACAUCCGCGGCGCAGCGCAUCUCCCAUGCUCGAGCCGUUUGACGGCGACAAACUUGUUGAUCCGAACUACCAGCCGCCCGCGAACGCCGAGGGCGCGUCAAGUGCGCCUGCCCAUCGUACUAACUUCACGGUCGAGCCGUUCAUCGAUUCACCGGGUCGUACUUCCCAGCAUCCGAUGUCGUGGCCGCAGUACAAUGGUUCACAAGAGACUGGCUUGAGCGGUACUACAUUGCCAUACACCGGCGAUAAGGCACGCCAGUCGGUUGGAUUAGUCCCACGGGCUCCAGUCGGCUAUAGCUCGAAGCUGGCUCGGAUGAAUGCCCCUCCACCGAGACCCGCUGGUGCGUCUUCGCCCUCUACCAUGUUGAGCGUAGGCGACCGCGCGUCGAGCGUAGACACGGGUGGUCCAGAGCAGGACUUGUCGACAUUAGUCAACCAGCUUGUGAACAACGCGCUCCGGCAACAUGGGACAGUGCCGCCCGAGUACGAGGAGAGCGUCGCCGCGCCGCGGGGCGAGAGCCGAUUGAGUGCACAUCCUGUCGAUGACAUUCCAUGA